GACAUCCUAUGCCUAGGUUAGAAAUUCAGUCAUGGCGUUUUCGGUGCCUUGUGGAAGAUCUAUUUGAAAUAAAAGAAAUAUAUUUUGUCGGCCUUUCCACUAUUUUACUAGAGUGGUAGCCGAAAAAUUCAAGACAGUUCUGUAUAUUUUUCAUACGCCUUUAUUUAAUACAAGCCUAAAAAUGUCUAAAUUUCACGUACAAGACAGUUCGGUCAUUGAGAGGAGACUUCGUCCAAUUUAUGAAUGGCUUGAUAGUGGUAACAACAAGAAAUCCCUACAUGAAUGUGAUAAGGUGUUGAAAAAAUCGCCAAAUUUGUUAUGUGCUAAGGCCUUAAAAGCUCUUACGUUGCUUCGUAUUGGCAAGGAAAGUGAUUCGAUAGCAGUUUUAGAUAACCUGAUAACUGAAUGUCCCACUGAUGAAGCCACUUUACAAGCUAUGACUUUGUGUUUUCGGGAAUUACAACAAGUGGAUAGAAUAUGCAAAAUAUAUGAAGCAGCAGUAAGACAAGAUCCGUCGAACGAAGAACUGCAUACUCAUCUUUUCAUGUCGUAUGUAAGAAUUUCUGAUUUCAAGUCUCAACAAAGAGCCGCUAUGGCAUUGUAUAAAUUCAAACCUAAAAAUCCUUAUUACUGCUGGGCAGUCAUGAGUAUUCUUUUACAAGCCACUAGAGGAGAAGAUAAAAAUGAUCCGAAAAAGAGGAAUCUUCUUUUGAGCUUGGCCGAAAGAAUGAUGGAUAAACUUAUAGCAGAAAAUAAGAUGGAUGCUGAUCAACAAGUUCAGUUAUAUAUCAUGAUUCUGGAGCAACAGAAAAAGUACAAAGAAAUAAUAGAAGUUAUGGAUGGACCACUUGGCAGGAAACUAUCUUGUACUGAUAUACCCCUUGCUAAGAUACCAUAUUUCAUUAAUCUUAGGAGGUGGAGCGAUGUGAAUUUGAUAUGUAAAAAAAUUCUUGCUGAAAGUGUAGAUAAAUGGAAUGUUUGGAAGCACUACGUUAACUCGGUAUUGGAAUUGAUGUCCCAAAAUAAGAUAAUCAACAAUGUAGACAAUCAUGAAUUGAAAGAAAAUAAUUUAGAUACAAUCGAUGAUACUCCAGAAAAAGCACACGAAUUCAUUUGUGGGCUUGUGGAAAACGGUGCUGAUAACGGGUUUUUACUCAGGGGUCCAUACUUGGCCAGAUUCGAAUUGUGCUCAAAGCUCGUUGACAGGGGUAUAGAUACUACUGAAUUGCUCGGGGAAACCAUAGAGCUUUUCGUAGAGUAUUUCAGGAAGUUUGGACACAAGCCUUGUUGUGUCACAGAUCUAAGGUCCUAUCUGAAGCUGCUAGAUGAGGAUAAAAAAUCGGAUUUGAGCUCUAGGCUGCUCAAAGAUGUUGGCAUAAGCGCUACAAAUAUUCCGAAAUCGGAACAGCAAAUGCAAAGGCAUAUAUCCGCCCUUCAGUUGUCGAGACUAUGUGGUAGCCAUCGAAACCUCCCAGACGUCCACCUAAAAGCUUUGGUUACCGCAUUCUCUCUGCAUUACCAACAUGGUUACCAGUCCUACGGCACCCAAUUGUUACCCACCGAUUUGGGGCCUUCAGAUCCCUACGCUCUGCUUGCAGCUCAUGUGAUGUACGAUUUGGCGCAGAUGCAGAAGAGCGCCGAACCUAUUAUUGUCGCUCUUGUUCUUUUGGAAUGGUUGCUCAAAAAAAGUCCGAGUAAUUUCCAUGCAAAGCUGUUGUGUGUACGGUUGUACCAUACCGUUGGAGGCGCCAUUGGAGCUCAAAAUAUGUAUGAUAGUCUCGAAAUAAAGCAUUUACAAUUAGAUUCUUUAGGUUACAUACAUUGUGCUAGAUUACCAACCACCGGCCUAAUAGGUAUAGCUACCUCGCAUUAUGACACAACGUUGAAAUUUUUCGCUUCGAAUUAUAAAGAUAGUGCCGAUCAUUUAACGUCAUCCUACAAAUUCGGCUCUUUCGCAAAAUUGGAAGAUUUCAUGGAUUUCAGGGAACGGCUGAACCACAGCCUUCAUUAUGCCGCGGUGACCAUCGAUAAGAUCAUGCUGACUUUCAUGUGCUGCCUGGAUCUGGAGGCGCUAGGCUGCAAUUUGGCCCAGAAUUUGAAUCCCGACUGGGAUUUGCUGAGGAAUAACAGCGACCUGAACGUUUAUUCCAAUUGGGAUCCGGAGCGAGUGGAGGGGCCCCCUGAGGAAUCCGAAGAAAUCAAGACUCUUUUCGAGCAGGACGUCGAUUUUUUGAAGCUGCGCGCUCAGGUGGUGUACGCAACCAUUACGGCCUUAGAAAUAGCUAAAGCUACUACGGGUAUCCAAGAAGCUCAACUUGAUAAAUUGGAGAGGAUUGUGGAGGAGUGGGGGGACCUCGAAAAGUGUGUUAGGAAGAAGGAUUACAAGCCUUUCAGUAGGGAUCGUAUCACUUUGCCGUUGCCAUCGAGGAUUCACUGUGCUCUGGAAUGUCCUUAUCAGACAAUUCUGGGUAAUUUAUUCAAAUUCCUUGUGGGUCUCGUGAAGCAAGAGAAGGAAAUAUACGAUGAAUUGCUUACCGUUAUAAAGACUGAACUAAAUAAUUUAAUAGAAAAUGUAGAUUCUAUGAUUAAGCAAACUGUAGAUUUCUUACAGUUGAGGACAACGAUGGAGUUUGUUGUAAAUAAUGUUGAAAUUGUGUGUAUUGCGUGUAUCAUUUACGAUAUGUGCAACGAUUUAGUCAAGCCGAGACAGAGUAAAAAGGGUAAGAAGAACCAUAUAGUGGAAACUAAAGAACGGGAAGCAGUCUUGGAUUUGGCGGAAGCUCUGAAAACGACAACGAAGAAAUUCGAUACGAUUCUUCACCUUUGGUCGACGGUGUCGACUCAAACGGACAUUGUGUCGGAGUUGGAAAGCCUAAAUUUGAACAAUUGUGGAAAUGAAGUGUUUCAGACUAUUUUAUCCAGUCAUAUCCAAGCCGUGACGGAGCUACGACUCAUUAUUAAAACUAAAUCUGGUUUGAUAAUCUUGUAUGGAGGAGAAUGAUGGUGGAGAGUCUGUUUUAUUUGAGCUCUGUAAUAUUAUUCAAAUAUACCGUGGUUUUUAUUAACAUUU